AUCUGUUUAGUAGUAGUAGACGCUUAAGUAUUGCCUGCGGGCAACUUCUCCAUAUUUCAUUCUGAGCUCGCAACUCUGCGAUCAUCAUUUGUUUGAGUCAAUUUAGAAUAAGACAAGUGCAUACACAGGUGCAGCAAUUGACUCGUUACUUGGCAUGAAAAUAAUACUGAUUACCAGCGCAAUUUCACUUUUGCUGUUCAAUCGAGCAGGCACGUAAUUUCCCCUCGUUUCCGGGUGGCUCUUCCAGUGAUCCUAAUCGUUUCAUGGCCACUUAACUUUCCUUUAUUUUCCUGAUAAUUUUUAUUUAUGAUACAUAUUCUUAAAUAUUUUGAACGAUGCAGAAAUCACUGCUGUGCGUACAACGUUUUGCGUAAUUUCACGCAACGCGAAACAGCUGUUCAAGGUCUUUCCAAGCAGCGAGUACUAUGAACUUUCCCUGAUGCUUACACCGGCAUUGUUUUAACCUUCGUCUUCCAGAAAGAUAAGAAACUUCAAAGAAUAUCUUUUUCGUUAUUUUACUACAGCAAGUCGUACGGAUAUAUCCAGACAUUGAUUUCUGAAGAAACAUUACGAAUAACAAAAAGAAGUCUUUCACGAAUCAAAAGUUCAUACAUACCUUAACCCCUAUGAAAAAUAUAAUUGAUAAUGUAUCAGCGAAAAUGAGAAAAGCGAGGCAUUUUUCGUCCGAAAAGAAAAUUGCGGGAAAAGAAGGCGGAAGCGGAGGUUAGCCGAAAUUGGCGCGUACGAAAGGAGGAGGAGAAGUCGAGAAGGAAAUGGAGAGAGAGUUCAUCCCCGAUCAAGUGGCGGUCGUUCGGACUCGGUGACCUCGAUCCCCGAUCCAACGUCUCCUUUCACUUGGAGAAGUUCUUUCGGCAGCUCUUUCUCGCACCGUCUUACCGUAGUCGUAGUCGUCGAGUAACGCGGUUGCAUUCUAUCGCGGAACGGCCUCAGUCCGCUUCGAAUAGGCCGGCUCGACGCCGCCUUACCUGCCAGACUGCUCAGCCGUUUAGAUUUCACUUUCAUGUAACUACAACAAACCGUGCGCGUGUUGUGUCUAAUCAAACAACGGAUUCGCUCGUUUAUCGAAACUGGGACUACGCGACAGAAAAAAUAUCGGUUGUCAGAAGAAACGAAUAAUACCGAUCCGUCUCGAUAACUGUCCAACUAUCUAAUAUGCAUGCGGCACGUUGCCAUAUGAAAAUGAAAGCUGAAAAAUGAAACGAGUAAAGAUUUAAUUAUGUACCCAACUUGUGCUACGCGUCCAAAGAACAAUUUUAACCGCAGCAAAUUCGCCAGAAGGGAACCAUGCGACAAUUGCACAGUUGAGCGAGGAAGAAACGUAGUCAAGAUCUCUUUGACGAAAAGAUGUCGAGCACGAAGGUCGUCCUAUUGAAACUGUGCAUCUUACUGCUUCUUUAUGACCAUGCGACGAGUCUCAUUAUACCGGAAGAGCUGCCCACGAUACUCUCGUUGAUCUACUCGAAUAUUCCUCCGAUCAAGAAAGGUACCGAUUCGAGGAUCGGCGUCGGUUUCCGGUUAGGGCAACACGCGGAUUUUCAGGUACUGCUGGAGCUGGGUCCGCAAACGGAAACCGAUCCAAUCGGCAACGCCGAAUCAAAGAGACGCAGAGAUGCGAUGCUGAAGUCAGCGAUGCGAGGAGAGCUUGGUCCUUUGGCUCAAGCAGUUGCAAAGUAUCAAAUGGAACGGAAAUUGCAGAGAGAAUUGGAACGAUUGAAAAAGGUGGAGGAGAAGUUGAAAGAAGUGAACACUACCGAAAACAACGACAAGAAGAGUGCAGCUAACGAAUGGUUAACCAAAUGGAGCAAAGAAGCGAUGAAAUCGUCCGAAGACGAGGCAUCGUUGGAAGACGUCGAUGAAAAUUUGUCACUGUCCGUGAAAAAUCAAACUACGCUGAGGAUAGGUCGACCCCCAAAAUUGGACCACAGGAAAACCACCAUCUCGGACUUAACGAAAUUGUACAAAGUACAAAAGCAUGAAAAAGCCGAGUGACAUAACUUGUCGUCAUUCCUUCGUCCUGUAUAUUAUGUGGAUACUACGAGCUAGUGCUUCGGUACUAAAAUAAAACAGUUUAAAGCUAAGAAUAACAAUGUCAGAAAGUUUCUUUUCGAAAGAACUAUCGAAUAAGAACAUUUAAUGGAGCAUGUGCUUAAAAAAUAUAGUUACGAUCUACAGACGUUGAAACAAAUCGUAGAUAUUCGUUUUAUAGUUAUUUAUAGCUACGAAGAGUGAAAGUGAUAGGAUACAGAAGAAGCAUAAAUUGAUUAACACCGUCUCUAUGCCAAAAGACUUUACGUGUAAUUGUCGAUGGCAGGGAAAGCGUGUCAAACCAGUGAAAGCUGUCAUUUUUCGCGCGAAUAGUUGAAGGACGAAAAACGUUGACAAAUAAAAAUA